UUAAUUAUUAUACCUGAUUAAAUUGAAACAUAAAUUAUUUCAUAAUUUAAUAGUAUUUGUGCUUUUGACAGUGUUUUCAAUGUUUGUAACUAAGAAAGGAGAGUGCAUUGAAUAAUAUAUACAUAAUAAAAUUCAAAAUGACGACAUGCAUUAAAAUAUGUGGGGCGUACUCAUAUCGGCUAACGAGGAGACAUUCCACUAUCCUACUUAUUGCUCUAUUUAUUGUAAUCUUGACCGUUAUACUUCAGCUUUAUGCUUAUAAACAUCAAGAAAUGCCUAAUUUCGCUGCGAAGGUCGGUGAGUUUGACUAUAUACCAGGAACUUUUUUAAGAGGUAACCAGCCUAACGAAAACGCAAGCUACUGUCAGUUUAACUACGGUCUACCGAAAAUAAUAGAGUGGAAAUAUAUUCAGCCACUUACACCACCAGAAGAAGGCAAUGGAAGUUCUUACAGGGUAAUUUAUAACGCUAUCCAAGGAACAGCAUAUGCAAAUAAUUCCAAGUAUGAUGCUCUAACGUAUGCCACUCAAGCUACUCCAGAAUUUCUUUAUCACAUUGCAGAAAUAGCAAGAUACUGGGAUGGACCAAUAAGCUUGUCAGUUUUUGUGCCAAACUUUGAUAUGGAUAUAACAGUGCAAAUAAUGAAUCAGUUGUGUAGUUGCUACUCAGCUAUGUCUAAGGUCUCUCUUCAUCUCUUUUUUCCCAAACGCUAUCCACCAAAAAUGAGAAUACCCGAUUCUUAUUAUAUGACCACAGAUAUUCCAACAACUACAGCUAAUAUUUCAAUGGAGGAUCUAUUAAAAGGAAAAUUGGAACGUUAUAGAAAAUUAAACAACCAAACGAGAGCGGAAUAUGUACAAUGGGUGAGAAAGAAAAAGUUAGAAAGAAUGAUGGCUAGAAUGCCAAAAAGACAGUUGUUUGUCCCACAGUUAAUAUUUAACGACUGUGCUGGAAUUGACCUUUUCGACUUGCCAACAUUUAGACAAGAAAAUAACUUGGAUUAUCCAAUAAAUGUAGGUAGAAAUAUAGCAAGGAACGCUUCAAGAACAAACUAUUUCAUAGUUUCUGAUAUAGAGUUGGUACCAAGCGAUGGAUUAGCUCCGAAAUUUCUGACAAUGGUUAGGAAACUUAUGGGCGAUAAGAAACGAGACGAGGGACGUAUAUUCUCUAAGACGGUCUUCGUUGUACCCUUGUUUGAAGUGCAAAGGGGUGUUGAGAUACCUCGCGACAAAGACACGUUAGUUCGUUUGAUAAAUGAAAAUCGUGCGAAGUACUUCCACCAGAAAGUUUGUGCUCAUUGUCAAAGAUUUCCCGGAUUGCAGUCAUGGCUGAUACGCCCAUCGUCGAGUGUUAUUGAGCCGAUGCUGAUCGCCCGGAGGGAGUACCCUUAUCAUAGAUGGGAACCCUUAUACUUUGGUACUCAGAACGAGCCUUGGUACAGCGAAGGUCUGUCAUGGGAAGGACGUCAGGAUAAAAUGACACAGAUGCUCGAAAUGUGUCUUCAAGAGUACCGGAUGGUCGUUUUGGAUGGUGCUUUCCUCUGUCAUGCGGCGACUUCACGUAACGGUUCAAGGGAUCACAGAGCUGAAAGGAUCAACCAUCGUCGAUACCAGACGAUAAUAUCUUCCUUUAAACAAAAGUAUCCAAAUAUACCAAAAUGUAAACUUAUGUAUGGAUGUUAGUUACAUUUUAUGGCCUUCAUUAAUUUUAACCGUAAUAAUUUAACGAAAACGGGUCAUAAUAAAAUUGAUUAAAAGGGUUAUAUAUCAAGACUGUCAUAAUUAUACUAUCGGCUUCGUAAUUAUUAUAUUUAAUAUAACUGAAUGUUUGAACGUAAGCACAACUUUUGGUCUUAUACUCGUGUAAAAAGCCUGUUAUAGGCUCUUAGUAAUAAGUCAUUAGGUAUAGUUUCUUCAUUGAAUCAGGAAGGUUACGUAGGAUUAUAUGUACUUUAAAACAAUCCACGUGGAUGUUAUCACGUAGUUUUAUAUUUUAUUCGAAUUGUGAUAGCUUUUAAGCACUAAGCGAGAUGUUCCUUUAUAAUUAUAAAUAUUUUAUU